AUGAUCGACGACCAGGGCUUGGGGUUCUUUGCCAAUGUCCUUGGCGUCUGUAUAUUUGUUCUGGUAAUUGGUUACCACUACGUGAUGGCGGAUCCGAAAUAUGAAGGGAGCUGAGGAUGUGUAGGAUUUAUGUUUUUGUUAGGCAAAAUUCAAACUCUUCUCCCAUUAGAGACCAAAACUAAUGUGGUUGAAUUGUCUGCUUUCUUGCUGAAACUGUUACAAUGGCAAUAAUUUCUGAUUGUAUUUGAGUUAAGAUUUUGAAAAGUUGAGUAGGGCUGAUA